AUGAGCAUGAACACGCAUAUCGAAUUCCCCAAGGACCAGGACCGCAAGACGGCUGCAUCGACUCGACUGGCAGACCGCAACAAGAUUAGCGAGAAAGAGUUGAGUGAAUGCGAUCGCGAGCAGCUACACCUCGUGGGUCACAUUCAAGGCGGUUCUGGUCAUGUGAUUUUCUUGUCGUAUCCGUCGGGGCAGAUAAUUGCAGCCGAUGCACAUGUGCGAGCCGUGCCGUGGGUUCGUAAACGUGGGACGAUGCCUCUCAAGAGAAAGGGAGAGUUCAGCAGCAACAACAACAACAUGGAUACCACUGAGAUGGAGAACAAGUCGAGAGAAAUCUUGGGUGCUUUUCUGCAGUACUGGAUACCCUUUGGACUCUACCAAGACUUGUUUGAAGCGAUUGAAGGCAUGAAAAUGGCCAAGAGUACCCGCACAUUCCACUUUUACAAACACAAACGCAAGUCGUAUGCCAUUACUCUCUCAUCGACGUCCAGGGAUUGCUCCGUGGUGGGCCUGGAAAUCGAAGAGGUGGAUGGAAAUGAAGCAACCAGUGACUUUUACUCCACUCUCGUCAGUCUCGGACGGAUCAUGGAAUUCUACGUGGACGAAAAAAUCGCCACCACGGCUUGUGACACCAUCUUUAAUCUAUUGGGAAAAUACGAUCGUGGGAUGGUCUAUCAGUUCAACGAUGACAAUUCUGGAGAGGUCGUGCACGAAAUCAAAAAGGACUUUGUGUCGUCGUCUUAUCUUGGAAUGAGAUUUCCAGCUUCCGAUAUACCCAAAUCGUCCCGAGAACUAUACGUCAAAAAUGGAUUGCGAUACAUUCACGACGUCGAGUCCGAUGAAACACCCAUUGUCGAUCUCCAGAGCCGAACUGCCAACAAUAAUAACAACAACAACAACAGUGAGAUGGAUCUGUCACAGUGUCGAAUGAGAGCCGUCGCCAAGCCACAUAUCGUGUACCUUCGAAACAUGGGCGUACUCUGUUCCAUGUCCAUCGCCAUUGUGGUGGAGAAUGAACUUUGGGGUCUUUUGGCUUUUCACGGUUACACCAAACCCUUCAAACCCAGCCUGCAUCAGCGCAUUGCCUGUGAAACGAUCAACUCGAUGGUGUCGGUCAAAGUCGAGGCGCUCAAAAAGAAAGCUCAGAGUGUUCGGAUCAUUGAGCUCUCCGAAACUCUUUUGCGCUGGUCGCAAAACUCAUCGGUCGCGGAGAAUUUGCAGACCAUUGGCACGGAUAUCCUGCACGUCAUUGACGCAGAUAUCCUCGUUGGGAGAAUUCAGGACCCGUCCAAGGAAGAAGCAGACGUGGUCGUUGUGGGCGACAAGUCGAUAGCACCGCAAGACUCUGUCUGGGCCAAGUUUAAUGAUCAUCCUAGCCGAGAACUCUGCGCAAUUAACACACGCAGUGCCCUCGAAGCAAUGGGAAUUAGCAAGGAGAUGUCGCCUGCGUGCGGAAUCGUCUACUUCAAACACGGGUUGGUCCAGCUGCUACUUGGGCGAGGUUUGAGGUGCCAAGACGUUCGAUGGGGUGGAAACCCGGACGAACCGAAACUAAAGAUUGGCGGCAUCCUGAAUCCUCGCAAGUCUUUUGAGACUUACAUGGAGAAGGCGAGGCAGGAGUCGCGUGCUUGGUCAUCCUCAGACCUUCAAGUCAUUUCUGCUCUGACAGACCGUGUUUCGGAACAUUCUCACAAUCGUAUGAUGUCCCUGUUGAAAGCUGACAUUGAAGAUGCAAAUGUCAAGUACUUCAAUGCGAUUGCCAGGGCACGUGAGAAUAAUAAUUUCUUCGCACAAAUGAGCCAUGAAAUUCGCACACCUUUCCAUGGAGUAAUGGGUUGCCUUAACAUUCUGGACGAAUCACGCAAGGAAAUGAAGACAGAAGAGGUCAAAGAUCUCAUCAAUACCGCCCUGUCAUCUGGAAACCAUAUGCUUCAUCUGCUGGACAAUAUCAUCAACAUUUCAAAGAACAAAUAUUUGUCACACUCCAUCACUCGAGAGAAGUACAAUUACCACACUCUGGCAUCGGAGGCUACGCAGAGUCUGAAGUCUCUUGCGCUGAGCAAGCAAAUCAAGUUUCACAGUGAGGUUUUCCCGCAGCAUGACUACAUUGUCAUCGUCACGGACAAAACGAAAGUCGUCCAAAUCGUGUCGAACAUCAUCAACAACGCUAUCAAGUUCUCACCGAAAGGCAGAAUCAACGUGAAGUUCCAGUUGGCGGAAACAAGAAGAGACACAAUUCGAAAAUGGGGAGAGGUCGCAUCGAGCUACGCCGGCACUGUGUACACCAUGACCGAGGGCGAAGUGCUCUACUCGGUGUCCAGUGUCGAAAGCGAAGUGGCCAAGUUGACCGAGCUCGAGAAUCAGAAGUGGAUGUUGGCGUCGGUCACUGACUCGGGCUGUGGAAUGAAGCCAGAGGAACUGGCAGAGAUGUUGCAACCUUACACGCAAUCGGGCAGCGGGGGGAGUAAAGCAACACCCAUUGAGGGCACAGGCCUUGGCCUGUUCAUUUGUGUAUCUCUAUGUCAUCAACUGGGCGGUUUCUUGGCAUGUUCUAGUACACCGGGCAAAGGCACUGUCUUUCAUGUCGCGUUUCCUGUUGGCACUCCAGAUCCUCUUGCUGUCGACGGAGAUGCAGAGCACCAGGAUGCCCCAGCAAUAAUAUCUCUGCCAGCUGAAACCAUUCCCGUACAAGGACCCAUUGUCGUUUGCGAUGACAACAAGGUGAACCUGAAGAUCCUUCAACGUGCUUUGAAGUCGGAGCUUAAAAAACGGAAUCUUACGGUUGACGUGGAGCUUGCUAACGGGGGCCAAGCAUGCUUUGACUUGUACGUGAAAGAACGACCAAGUGUGCUGUUCAUCGACUACCACAUGCCGGAGGUCGACGGACUUCAGGCUACCGAGAUGAUUCGACAGUUCGAAACCAAGAACGGGCUCAACCCCUCGUAUAUCAUCAGUUACACGGCAGAUGUUACGGAAAGAGCAGCCCAGCUUCUGUUGUCAAAGGGAACCAAUGAAAUCAUGUCCAAACCACCACCUAAGGGAUUUCUGGAGGAGAUCACAAGCCGGUUUCAGGUAGUCGAUCAAGCAUGA